UGGGAUUAGACCUGUCAGUGGGCAGAACAGAACGGUGCCGGAAACGCUAGCUAACUGUUCACUUAUACGAACAAUUUUUUUUUAAAGCUGGAUAACGGCAGAUAAAUUUUAAGACGCGGUUUUUAGUCAGUUGUGUGUCAUUUUAACCUGCAGUUUUCUGGAUAGGAGAGACAAACGGUAAAGAAGACGCGUUGAGAAUAAUUUCAGCUGUCGGCUAGUUGCUAGCUUGUCAGCGCCGACUCUUUCUCGGGUUUGCUAAGCUAGAUGCUAAAAGGUUAGCGCCGUCUCGACCGAGUUGCACCACUGUUAUUGCUUAACAGCGUUUUAAAUGUCAAGGUGUACAUUAAAUUUUGCUUGGCUGCACGUCUUUGCAACUGUAUCCUUCGUUCAGUUCGGUUUGAGUAAAAUUUAAAAGCUUAAUUUGACAUGGAAGCUUGGGAACUAGACAUCCAGCUAGUUUAACUGUCUUGCUAGUAAAUAGUUAUUGGCCCACAGCUGGAGCGCGCUUAUUGGGAAGAUAAGUGUAGUGUAGUGUUGUUUUGUUCCUGACUUGAUUUAGCUACCAAGCAGAAUUGACUGUAAAAGCGGAAUAUUCUAUAUUAUUAUACAUUAUAUCGAUGAAUUAUUGUCUCUGCAGCUUGCUGUUAGGUGUGAAGAGCUGAGAUUAUCCGAGGUGGUGAGUUGGGUUGGACAGCUAUGCCAAGUGCCAAUUAACUGAGAGACAGCUAGAAACUCUGAGGCGUUGGUGAGGAAAAAUAGGACUGGGUGUGAGAUUUAAUUUCUUGUUGCACAAAGUGAAAUGGCCACGGCCAGUAGCAUAGCUGCAUCGCUGGCGAGUAAAACGAAAACGAAGAAAAAACACUUCGUGGCUCAGAAAGUGAAGCUGUUUCGAGCCAGUGACCCUCUGCUCAGUGUGCUCAUGUGGGGAGUCAACCACUCGAUAAACGAGUUGAGUCAUGUUCAAAUCCCUAUCAUGCUGAUGCCUGAUGACUUCAAGGCCUAUUCGAAGAUAAAGGUGGACAACCACCUGUUUAACAAGGAAAAUAUGCCAAGCCACUUUAAAUUCAAGGAGUAUUGCCCUCUCGUUUUCCGUAAUUUGCGAGAAAGGUUCAGCAUUGACGACCAGGACUUCCAGAACUCUCUGACUCGCAGCGCACCUCUCGUUAGCGAGGCUCAGGGUCGUAGCGGUGCCCGGUUUCACACCUCCUAUGACAAGAGAUACGUCAUUAAGACCAUCAGCAGUGAGGACGUAGCUGAGAUGCACAACAUCCUUAAAAAAUAUCACCAGUUUAUUGUGGAAUGUCACGGUACCACCCUGCUGCCUCAGUUUCUGGGCAUGUACCGCAUCACCGUAGACGGAGAUGAAACCUAUAUGAUUGUCACGCGCAAUGUCUUCAGCCAUCGCUUGUCUGUGUAUAAGAAAUAUGACCUGAAGGGAUCUACUGUCGCUAGAGAGGCCAGUUUCAAGGAGAAGGCAAAGGAGCUACCUACGUACAAGGAUAACGACUUCAUCAAUGAUGGACAGAAAAUAUACAUUGAUGGGGAAAAUAAAAGGAUAUUUCUUGAGAAGCUCAGGAAGGAUGUGGAGUUCCUGGCACUGCUGAAGCUGAUGGACUACAGUCUGUUGGUGGGGAUCCAUGAUGUGGAGCGAGCAGAGCAGGAGGAAGUGGAAAGUGAGGAUAAUGAAGGAGACGAUGAAGGAGAGAGUGAUGGAGGGAUUGUUGGAACGCCUCCUGACAGCCCAAGCAACACUUUGGACAGCACCAAACCCCUUUCACCGGGUGACUUUGACCCUACUAUUGACGUCUACGCAAUUAAAAGCCACGACAACUCCCCUCGGAAAGAAGUCUACUUCAUGGCUGUGAUUGACAUACUGCAACAUUAUGAUGCCAAGAAGAAAGCAGCUCAUGCAGCCAAAACAGUCAAGCAUGGAGCUGGAGCAGAGAUCUCUACCGUCAACCCAGAGCAGUACUCUAAAAGAUUCUACGAUUUCAUUACCACCAUUCUGCCCUAAACUGGAGCAAAACCCACAGAGGUCAAAGAGGGACGCUGAUGGAGGGGUGCCCAAACGCACUCCCUCGCCCUUACAGCAGCUACAACCACCAUUCGUUUACAUUUUUUUUAUUUGUUCUUUGCUGUUUUGUGGGACCAUAAGUGUGAUGAAACAGUAACAAGUGUAAAUCUUUGUGGGAGCUAUGGAUUUUUUUUUUUUUCUUUUCUGAUGCAUGUUCCUCAUGGCAUUUUUAAUUCGUGUGUUUAUUCUGCCUUAGUGAAAGGGAGAGAGGGGGAAAGCGUAUGUGAUUUUGGGGGGGGGGGAUGUGGCUCAGUGAAUGUACAUGUAGAAUGAAGUCACUCAGAACGGAGGCUGAGAAGGAAAGGAGCUUUCAACUGCUGUAGAAUUCCCAACUCGAGACAAAAAGGAAAUGUGAAGCUAUUCCAUGAAAAAUCACUCCUCACCCCAGUUCAUCAAAUAUGGCUUUCUUUUUUCUUUGUACUCACUUCACCAGAAGCCUCGUCUCGUCAGUCCACCCCUGCUCAUCGCCUCCAGUUAAACUUAAAUCUGCCCCUUAAUGGAAACCUACCCCUCUUCCUGCCCAUGCUUCAUUCGAGUCUGUCCUUCACAUAUACUUUGUUUAACCCAAAUCUACCCUGUACUUGUCUGGGUUUUUUUUUUUUUUGCUUGCUGCAUUUGUCCUUUCAUGACAGUAAUUAACACAAUGUCUCUUGGCGUUAAUUCUCUGAAUUCAUGGCUCUCCUCCUCUGAACAGACUGACUGCAAAGAAAACGCUCUUGAGCUCCAUUCACUUUCACGAAGGAAUGCACCUUCUGAUUUUUUUGCAUGUUCCUACAGUGUUUCACACGAGUGUGUGGUUUUUUUUGUUUUUUUGGGGUUUUUUUUGUGUUGUUGGUUGUUUGUUUUUUUUAAACGACCUGUAGGAGGUUGAAAUGAUUUGUCUGUAAUUUUGCAUCAUGAAAAGGCGUUCUAAUGAACUGAACUGAACAGAAGCAACAGCAUUGGUGGCAAUCACUUCUUCAGUCUGCGAAAUCUGUUACGGGAAUGAUCUUUCAUUUGCCAUCAGCACCUUAAACUGUUGCACUUUUUUUUUUUUUUUAAAUUAGGAUCUUUUGGUCUGUUACAUACUGCAACAAUAGCACUAUUGAAUGCAGCUCGUGGAUUUAUGUCGUCACAAGUAUGCUUGUUCUAGGCAGAAAACCCAUAGUUUACCUCUAUCAUUUAAACAAAUACACACUCAUUGGUGUAAUGUUAGCUACAGUGUUUUAUUGGUGGAGUUUGAGGAAAAGGAGGAUGGGGUCCUGUGUGUAGGCUAGUGAAACUUUUUUUUUUUUUUUGCCAGUUUUGAAAACUUUUACGUCAACAGUGUAUUGUAUAUUUUGCACAUAAUGAACCGGAAGUUUAAAUAAUCCCUUUGGUUCGGUAGGGUGGUAUUUGGCUCCAGGGUGGAAAUCCAACCCUGCAGCGCUCAUAACUGAUUCAUAAGAAUUGGAGUCGAUUCUUUAGGAAAGGUUUUGAUUGGUUAAUGUUUUCUUACGUCAUUCAUAUAAAUCCCUGGAGUUUCUUGCAUGAUGGGCUGUAUUGAAAUAUGACCUCACCAUCUAGAAAGUUAUGACUUUUUUUUUUUAAAUCAGGCAUUUUCUUGUGUGUUUGUUCAAUUGUUUAUAUAUAAUUUUUUAAAAUAAAAUGCAGUUUUUAUUGCCAUUUUUAAUUAGUACACCGAAUUGUCCCAUUUUAAGCAGCACAUCCCUGUCGAGUGAAGUGUCCUGAUCAAUGAAGAAUGUUACUGUUGAAUUGUGCAGUACUGUAAAAGGUGUGGGGGGGUUAAAUAAUGCAUGUCGUAUUAGUUUUUUGUUCAGCCGGAAGCCGUGUGUCUCCACCACCCCUUCAAAAUAAUAAUAAUUAAUAAUAUUGCGCGCUUAUUUCUGACGGUCUUGCGUUAUUACUGUCAGCAAUGUAUACACUGUGCAAGAGUCGUGCCUUUUUACUCCAAAUUAUUUAAUUUUGUAUUAAUUUUUUUUUCAAAGGUAAAAAAAAAUUUUCUAAUAAGUGUGUGGUUUUUUUUUGUUUGUUUGUUUGUUUUGGGGGGAGAGAGAAAACCCCAGGCUUCUUUGUUGUUUGGCUGUGUAAUUUGGGAAUAACACUUAAAACCAUUAACACCUUUUUGGAGUUCCAGCAGUGAAUAUGGCCCUGUGAAAGCUGAGUGGGACUUUUGUCACAAUGUUUGUUUGUUUGUUUGUUUGUUUGUUUAUCAAUUUAACUUCAGUAUUAUCAUUAAUCUAGAUUUUGUUAUUCUUGUCUUCUUUUUUUUUAAAUCAGUUUGCGCAGUGUGUGUGUGUGUGUGUUUCAUUUUGAGAGAGAGGUGGGGAAACAGUGACUCUCCUUCUAGUCGUCGUGGUCUUCGCAUUUGCAAAGAAGAUGAAAAAAAAAAAGAGUACAUGUGCUUGAAUCCCCUACUUGUGGUUUUGACACGCAGCAGCACUCAACCGGAAACCCGCUUCAUGUCACGCCUUUGGCCUUCAGAUUUGCCAAAUCAGCACUCAGACACUCCACACAGGUUCUUCAUGUCAUGUAGAAAUUUUCACCGAAAUUUAUGGAAGUUGUAUUGUGCUAUUAUCAGGUCAUGUCGGGGUUUUUUUUUUUUAGGCUGUAUUAAAUGUCCCUGUUUAACUCUGCAACUAGUUUAAUAUAUAGAGAGAGAGGGAGAGAGAGAGCCCCCUCCAGGAGCCUGUAGAAAUAAGUUUGCUAAAGAAAAGGCUAUUCAAGGAUGGAAACUGUUUUGUAAGUGUUUUUAAAGACUGGGAGGGGGGGUCAUUCAGAGUUUAUGAUGUUAACCGAUACUAUAAUGCACUCCAUUUCUGCAUCGCUCAAAACCAAUAAAGCACUUUGCAAAUCCUC